AUGGGUAAGAAGCAGGCAGGUACUGGGCCGUUGUCGAGGCGUCCGGAUAAUUCGGCGUUUAAACAGCAGAGGUUACCAGCCUGGUCUCCGUCUCUCACAGCACAGACUGUCCUGCCAACGUUCUACAUUCUGUCUCUGGUUUGUUUGUUACUGGGAAUAUGGCUUGUCAUCACAGUUGAGAACACAUACCAACUGAAGGUGGACUACACAAAUUCUGGGUCGUGUGAGCGAUGCUUUGAGUUACGGAAGAAUGCCACCAAUGCCAAAAUCACCUGCGAGUGCUUAGUCAACUUCAAUGUUCCUAAACUCAUUCUGGGUGAUGUAUUCUUUUACUACGGUCUGAGGAACUUUCAUCAGAACCUGCGGAGGUACAUGGACUCCCGUGACGAUGCACAGAUGGUGGGGAGGAGAAAAAACCUGAAGACACCGAGUUCAUAUUGCGCCCCCCCGUUCGAUUACGAUGCGAGCGGAGUGCCCAUUGCCCCCUGUGGCGCUGUGGCCAACAGCAUGUUUAAUGACUCAUUUAUCGUGAUGUAUCAUCCAACUAACGCACGAUCAGCGCUGGUUCCACUCUACAGGAAGGGCAUCGCGUGGUACACAGACAAAAACGUGAAAUUCCGUAAUCCCCCAACCAACGACACAUUUUCACUUCAACAGGCCUUUGAAGGCACGACUCAACCGUUAUAUUGGCAGCGUCCCGUCUAUGACCUGGACCGGAGUGACCCCCUGAAUAAUGGCUUCAUAAAUGAUGACCUGAUUAUUUGGAUGAGAGAGGCAGCCUUCCCUAAUUUCAAAAAGCUUUAUGGGAUUCUCAGUCGUGUUCAGGGGCUGUUCACCGAAGGCCUGCCUGCUGGCAACUACAGCAUCUCCAUCAAUUACAAUUAUCCUGUUGAGUACUUCAGAGGUCGGAAGGAGGUGGUGAUCUCUACAGUGUCCUGGUUUGGGGGACAGAAUCACUUCUUGCCCAUAGCAUACCUGGUGACCAGUGGACUGAUCCUAGUGACAUCUAUUGUACUCACAUCAGUGUAUGUUAAAGUGGGCAAAAAAGGCAAGAACAUGGAAGAAUAAAUGACAAAAAAGUGGCUGAAGUAAAGAAAAGACUAUCUGAGAUGUUGAUUUUAGAUGUUGGCUGUAGUCUCAUCCAUAGAAUUAAAUACAAUAGGGAGCAGGUAUUUUAUUUUAAUAUUUACAUAUAAGCCUUAAACCAUUAUGUUCGGAUAACCUCUAAUUGUGUGCAAAAUAUGACCUAAUCAUAUGAUGAAAUACUUCUACAUUUGCAAUAGAGGACACUAUGAAAAACAUAAAAUGUACCCAAACUAGAUUCUACUUUCUGCCAGCAGGGGGCAUCUGUGACUAUAACAAUGCGUUUACUUUUACAGUAUACAAGGCAAUAUCACGUUGAAUUUAAAUGUUGUUUGAAAAUGUAUUAGUUUACAUACCUGGGUCAUGUACUUUGCAUUUUUAACACUCCAAAUAGUUUACAAAGCAAAUAUUUUGGUCAGUAUGACAGGGUGUCUACAACGCUUGUCUCAUUUCACGUGCACAUACUCUCUGGAAAUCUGUUGUGCCUUCGCAACAAAACUUGAGUAAAUUUAUCAGUCUCAUUUUUAUAACUUGUGUGAUGAUGAAUGCAGUUAUUGUGACCCUUUAUUAAUUGAGAGGCUACAUGAAAUAUUUAUGUUUUGUACUAUGUUUUGUAGUGUCACUGUAUCAUUUCUAUGAACUGAAAAAACCUGAUUAAAAUGAGAAAAAGUAUUUAACUAACAUACAUAACACUCUAGGUUUAUAUGUACAUUUUAUAUUGAUUUAAAAAAAGGUUGCGUGAACUAUCCAAAGAUAUUGUGAUGUUCAACUGUAGUGACAUGCUUUGCAUUGAAACGUUCUCAGGAAAUGCAUGUAUAUAUAUUGACGUGAUCAAGUAUAAUUACACUUCCACAUAAGUCACAUGGUCAGAAUGUUCAUUCAAAAUUCAACAUUUGUUUGUUCACUUUUGUAAUUACAUUUUAUUUUCUAAUAAAACUUCAAUUCAAUGUUUCAUUUUUCUAUACAAUCUACAGUACCAGUCAUCCUUUAGAGACAGAUGUACAGUGACAGGAAGAUACACACACAGGCUUGUGGAUACAGUGCACAGAAAUACAUUACACACAUAAUUGAUUAGCAAACAUGCACAUACAUCAAAUCUGGUACACUUUAUAACUCACAAUGACACUCAAACAUACAGAGCACACAUCUAUAGUGCCUGUGUACACACUAAUAAGACACUAUUGUGGAUGUUAUGAGUUUCAGAGUUGUAAGACAGUAAACGCAAGUACCGAAAGAUCACUUGUGUGACACAUCAUGUGGAAUUGUGGCAAACAGUGUACAUUCUCAAAUCUGACUUGGAACAUGCAACAUCUUGUGCAACAUCCUCAACCUUACCGUGAGGCAACAUUUGGUCUGAUAUUUGAAUUAAAAGGAGAAUAUAUUUGGAUUGAACUAUCCAUAAGGUUGUUUGGUCUUCAAGUCAACAAUCUUUUUAAAAACACAAGAUAUUAAAAGACCACUUGGCACGGAGUGAAUCUUAACAUAGGCAAGAAUGUUGGCAUACUAUAUUUUGCUCUUUGGCCUUUGACCACCAAAGGGUUACACUUGGCAAGGCUUCCAUUAAGACAGUGUAACUAUGGAAAGCAAUGCGGGUUGAUAGCUUUACCUCGACCUGUUAGUGGUUUGGAAGUAUUCAAUACAAGAGACAUCAGCAGGAAAAAAUGGAUUAUGUGGCAGAGGCUCUUUGACGUGCAUGAAUUGGAAACACUUGGCAUGAAUGUGUAUGUGUAGAGAAAUAGACAAUGCAGCACCGUUAUUUAGAAGGUUUCAAUGCUGAAUAAAUAUUUGUCAGUCCAUCACACAGGUUUCAUUAUACAAUACCCUAACCUAUUUUGACUAAAGCACAAGAAAGUCUGUUCCAAAACCUAAUGAGCUGUCUACCAAGAAAUUGUUUUAAGACAUUAUAGGUGGGCUUAAGAUGCAAGAUUGUUUAAAAAUAUAUAUUUUGGCCAAAAUUUAAUGUAAAUAAUAACUCUGGCAAAAAAGUUAAAUAUAUAUUUAGGCUAUUGUAUAUUACUGAAUAUGCACCCUCGGAAAGAAUUGUGGUGAGCUUUGUGAAAAAAGCAAUCCAAUAUGGAGGAUGAUGCUUGAGAAAUGGGGACUACAGUAUAGACAAAUUCUAUUUUAUUUUCUAUUAAGUAUUGCCAAAAUGUAUCAUUU